ACAAGGCACGUCAAAACGUCAAAAAAUAGCGUUGUCUACGUAAAAAAGACACAUGAAAGCGAUCUAGAUGCUCAGCUCUAGGGCAGUUGAUAGCCAUUAGCUGUAUUGUUGUGAUAGGAGAACAUCGUUUGCUCGCGUUCAGCAACGGUUUCUUACUCACAAAGGAUAUAAAAGUCAUGGAUGAACAGCAAACUCCUGCUGCCAACACGGAGAACACCAACCAGAGAAAUGGAGAGGAGAAGACAAGACGUACCAACUGGACCAAAGGGAGAAAGAGGAAGAAGCCCAUGAAGGACCGCAAUGCGCCCAAGGCGCCACUGACGGGCUACGUCCGCUUCAUGAACGACCGGCGCGAGCAGCUGCGGGCCGAGCGUCCCGAUGUUCCUUUCCCGGAGAUCACCAGGAUGCUGGGCAACGAGUGGAGCAAGCUGCCACCCGAGGAGAAGCAGCGCUACCUAGAGGAGGCGGAGCGCGACAAGGAGCGCUACAUGAGGGAGCUGGAGAAGUACCAGAAAACGGAGGCCUACAAACAUUUCACCAGGAAGGUCCAAGAGAAGCAGAAGGGCAAGCGACACCGAGGAGAUGUGGGGAACCAGGCCGCCAACGAGGCUCUGCAUGAGCAGAACGCAGAGGGAAAGGACAGAACCAUCUUUGACAUCCCCAUCUUCACAGAGGAGUUCCUCAACCAUAGUAAAGCUCGCGAAGCCGAGAUGCGGCAGCUCCGGAAGACCAACAUGGAGUACGAGGAGCGCAACGCAGCGCUCCAGAAGCACGUGGAAAGCAUGCGCGGCGCUGUGGACCGGCUGGAGGGCGACGUGAUGCAAGAGCGGGGACGCAACAGUCUUCUCCAGCAGCACCUGGAGACGCUGCGGCAGGCGCUCGCCGCCAGCUUCUCCUCUGUGCCUCUGCCGGGCAGUGGAGAGAUGCCCACCCUGGACAGCAUCGACGCCUACAUGAAGAGGCUGCACAGCAUCAUUAUGAGCAACCCGCAAGAACACGAGAACCUCAUCAGCACUGUGAGAGACCUGGUCAGCCGCCUGGACAGGUAAUUGUGGCAGGUCCAAUUAGAGAAGAAGAGAAAUCACGCCAGCACUCAGCAAAGUCUCCGUCGCCCCCCACCCCCCCAAAACACUUUUAAUAUUCUGUAAAGGUGACCAACAUGAUGUAGCUCCUCUUAUUUAUUUCUACUUUUUAUACAAUGAAUUUACUUUAUUGAUCUAGCUGCAGAUUUGUCAAUGAAAAUGAAACAAAAAACAUCUUUUUUUUUUAUCAACACUUAAUUAGCAUAUUUAAAAGGGAAGCAUUGUGUAAGUUUGUAAAAAAUAAUCGUGUUUUUAGCAAUUGAUAUUUUUAAUGCUAUGGUGAAGAAUGUGCCAUUUAUUUUGUGUGUUUGUGUUUUCAAUAAAGUUUACAAAACAACACAAAA